GAGCUAUGACUCCACCCCCCCUCCACCACCCCCCUUUUUACUGGGCUAUGGAGUAUGAGGACAUAAAAGGGUUCAAGGGUGCAUAAUUUAUUUCUCUGUAAGGCAGCCAAGUUUGCAAAAAAUGGGGAAAGGGGGAGGGCAGCCUUCUAGUAUGCAUUAUAAAAAAGAUCUUGUUAAGGUCUCAUUAGCUGAGUUUCUUCAAUACUAUGAACAGCCGAUCAGUGAGGAACAAGCAUGGGCUAUUUGUUUCCAGUGUUGUUAUAAAAUGAGAGAGUUAAUGGCUCAAGGAGGAGAUUCUGUGUUAAAGAUGAUAGUCUUGGAAGAUAUUAAUAACCUUUACAUCCAUUCUGAUGGUAGUGUGUCUUUCACUGUACAGCAAAGUUUGAGUGACAGUCACAUGACUCAGCAGCAGAAUGAAAGGUUGGAAGAUAUGCUCACAGAACUACUGGGAAAGUUGGUUUACAGAGCACUGGACUGGGGAAUUGAGAGCCAUAUGGAGAGAGAGUUGAGUGAGUCCUUGGAGAAGCUAAUAUCCUUUAUGCUGAAGUUGAAUCUAGAGGCAACACAGUCAGCAGUGACUUUCCAAGAUGUCAUCAAGAUCUGUGAAGAUCACUUUCUCAAGCCUUCUGAAGCUGCUGAUCAUUACACCGUGAUCUGUCGAGUGCUCUUUGCUGAGUACAUAGAACUUCAGAAGCUCAUGUUGACCAUACAGAGAUGCAAAGAGUAUUUGGGAAGAAUGGAUGUUGAAGACUGCUGUCCAAGGCAGAAGGCUAAUGAUUGGGCUGAUUUAUGGCAAGAUGUACUUGGUGGCUUGCAGAAGGGUGCGAGGCUCCACAAGGCCAUGGAACACCCACAGCCCAGGACUUCUUUGAAACAGUGUUCCUGCUCUCUGUAUGAUACAGUGGUAGAUGAUAUCAAAAAUAAACACUACACCCUCCAUAAGGCAUCGACACGGCAACUGAGAGAGAGAGUCUGCCAGGCACCCAGUCUGCAUGAUCAGCUCAUGAUGGAAGUGAAAAAGCCCCCGAAGCUUCGACCAGUCUCUGCACACAAAAGUAAAAACAAACAAAAAGAAGACUUUGGCAAGUUCUCCUCAAAUACUCCAUGUGAUAUCAUCCUUGACCAAAAUGUUGGCUCAAAUAUAACUGUUUCAAAAGCUAAAAAGCUAAGGUUGAGUUGCAUCCAGUCAGAUCCCGAACUUAAGUUGUUGUCUACUUGCACUCGGAAGCCAUCUACAAGAUGGUCAUUACCAACCCUUGCAGAUUUGAUGGGAACAAGAUUUGCAGAACAUGUGGCUGAAAUGAAGGAUUCCAGCCAAAGAGUCAGUAUAUUUUCUUCAAGGUUGCAGGUUUGUCUUGCUUGCCAUAAUGAGUUGUUUAUAUGGCCUUACAUUUGUCAUCUUUGUAGCAGAGUGAACUGUAAGGAUUGCUGUGUGAAGGUGACGAUGCCAGUCAGGCCCUGCAUACGCCUUCCACUUAACUUUUUCAAAAUCAUAAGAUUCAGCAAAGAAGAUCUGGCCCUACAAGGUCAGAAAACUCCACAGCUGUUAUAUGAAAUAGAACACUGGGAUUGUUCAAGAGUACCUCUGGUGCUUGAACCUCAUUGCUUAACACCGCCCCUUGCAUCUCGCACUAGAAGCAUGAUGAACUGGCCAUCUCUGGACAUCUGUAUCAAAUGUGAACAACACCUUCUGGAGAUCCUCUCCCGUCAGGUUCAGCAGAAGAGUACUUGUAAGAAGAGAUCCUUGUCGUGGACUGAAUGGGAAUAAUAUUCCCCCUGCUCAUUUGGAGGAAGACAAAUGUGGAUUGGUUCCAUAAAGACCUAGACAGAAGAACCCUCCUGCUAGUUCUCUGUAAUUUUGAAGGGCCAGAUACUGUUAUCUGCACUUGGGAAGUUGCACUUAAAAAGAAAGUUAUUUCAGAGAAUUGGAUCACAUGGCAUAAACAAACACUGAAGCACUUUCAUAAGCCAGGCCGAACCCUCUCUCCCUUUUGCCACCUCUGAAGCCAGCACUUCAAGCACGCCACAUUGAAGCUCACUGAAUGAUUAAAACUAUGUGCUUAGCACAAAGUCAUAAUGUAGGCUCUGAACGGGGUGGGGGGGUGACAUCCUAUUCCCCAGAUAUGGAGUGACAACACUCUCCAGUAUUCAUGUACCUGGAAGGAAAUAGAUAACCACACCACUAAGCCCUCUCACUUUUACACACCUCCUGAGUAUUCCAUGGAAAGUCAUCUGAGAAGAGCUGUAGAUCGCCCUCUAAAAAUUCUUUAGGAUAUUCUUUUGUGCUCUUUGCUCUCCUCUCCCAAUGUGCUGAUCCUUGUCUGGCAACAUAUGUAACUAUAUAAAUUAGGGGGGUUGUUUUGAUUUCUGAGUCUUAAGCAGGAUUUGUUUUCCCUACUGUUGAGAAUUUAAAAACCAUUUUGAUAUUUCUGAAAAGAUGGAUGUGAAGAAUGAAAUAAAAGAGCAUUUUGGUGAAACUGUCA